AUGAGGAGAGUGAAGCAGAAGAGGGCCGACUAUGAUGACGAGAAAAGGAGAGCUCGAGAUAGUGACCUAUAACCUGAUGAUUUAGUGCUCUUAAAACAGAGGAAAGAGAACAAGCUCUCAACCACGUUUGGCGCACUUCCAUAUAUUAGCAAGAAGCACGGGAACAAGGUUAUCAUAUCGUCACCCGAAACGUGAGGAGAAAUGUGGCCGAUGUUAAGAAAUACUUGACAGGUGACACAACCGGAGAUGAACAAGUUGCUGAGGAUGACUCCUCCGAGGAAGAUAACACCGGAAGGAUAACAGAACCCCACGGGAGACCAGUAAGGGAAAGGAGGCCUCCGGAGUACUUAAAAGACUACGGAGUGUACGAAUUAUGUUAA